AUGAGUUGGGGGAUGGGUGUUACAACCCGCACAUUAGUCAGUGACUUCAGUCUGAUCUCCACAUAUACGAAAGAUGGUAUCAAUUUGAUGAAAAAGGCACGCGAAUAUAGUAGGUUGUGUGAAGCAGACGUCUGCGUCGGGAUUCGGGUUCGGGAAACGGGCCAAGUAUUUAUCCUAUCGGCGGAUGCCUCGGGAUUUUGGGGAUUUCUUGGGUCGCAAGUAGUAUGCAGGCAGAAACAAGUCACAUGA